CGCGCGGCGCGGGGCCCGCCGGGAGCGCGGGCGGAGCGCUCGGUGUCCUGGGGCCGCCAUGCUGCCCGCCGCGCUGCCCGCCGCCCGCCGGGCGCUGCUCGCGCUGCCGCCGCUCCCGCUGCCGCCGCGCCCGCCGUGCCCCGCGCCCCGCGGGCUCCCCGCCGGGCUGCGGGCGCUCGGCACCGGCCCCGCGCGGCGCUCGGAGGCGCUGGCCGGGGCGCCGCUGGACACGGCCGCCAAGGACUACUCGCCCAAGGUGCGGCAGCUGGUGCGGGACAUCGCGGGGCUGACGCUGCUGGAGGUGGCCGAUCUGAACGCGCUGCUCAAGGAGACGCUCAAGAUCCCGGACGCGGCGGUGAUGCCCGCGGCCGCCGCCCCCCAGCUGCCCGCGCAGGCGGCUCCGCAGCAGGAGGAGGAGGUGGUCCCGCUCAAGAAAGAGAAAACUCAUUUCACCGUCCGGCUGACGGAGAUGAAGGCCACUGACAAGGUGAAGCUGAUCAAGGAGGUGAAGAAUUUCGUGCCAGGAGUGAACCUCGUGCAGGCAAAGAAGCUGGUGGAGUCCCUUCCGCAGGAGAUCAAGGCGAACGCCUCCAAAGAGGAAGCAGAGAAGAUCAAAGCGGCACUAGAGGCAGCAGGAGGGACUGUUGUUCUGGAGUAGUCCCACCAUGGAGAGACUGGUGCUGCCCAGGCUGGGCUCCGGACCCUUCCGAGGGCGUGUGGCACAGUGGGAGCGCGCUCCCGAAGAAUGCUGUAUGGUUUGGUGGAGCUGCUACUUCCUGCCAUCACCAUGAACUCUACCUUAUAAAUAUCCAAAAAAAACUGUAAAACGA